AUGGGCCCAAAACCGCCACAUUUGAGUCCAGCUGGGUCGAGUUUCUCCGUGAAUCGGGAAUAUUCCCAUUUGAAUGGAGAUGGGGAAAAGAAAAAGUACUUACCUGAUGAAGUACUUGAUAUGAUUGGUGCACGAAACAAAACCCUUUUGGUGGGAAUGUGUUCAGCUUCAUUCAUUUGGGUGCUCGGCGCAAUGCCGUUGAUGGCCUCGGGUUUCACUUCUGAUACAAAUAAUGCAACGAUGAGAACCGUGAUUGAUGAUUUUAAUCUAACUGGAGAGAACUCGUAUCUGGCUGAGAUUCCAACGUCGGCAUAUAUGGCAGGAAAUAUGGCUGGUGGAACUUUCCUGGCUCAGGCGUCGGACAGAUUCGGUCGUCGUCCCGUUCUCCUACUCGCUCUUUCCAUGUUCUCUCUAUCCGGCAUUCUUGCUUCAUUUUCCCCAUCGAUUCUCAUUUACAGCUUGCUCCGAGCGUGUCAAGGAUGCUUUUAUACAGGUUCUUGCGUGACCGGUUGGGUUGCCGGUUAUGAGAUGUCACCGCCAAAGAUGCGUCCAUUAGCCACGCUGCUUUUUGGGAUGGCUUGGUUAUUGGGCUAUUCUGCUGUGGCCCCUUUGGCCUACAAUGCCGACUCGUGGAGACAACUCGUUUUUUACACGGCUCUCCCAUCAUUACCCUUUGCUUUAUGGAUAUAUUUCUUUUUACCGGAAACUCUGCACUUUUUGGUGAGCAAACGGAAAACGAAAGAGAUGGGAGUCUGGCUUGAAAAAAUUUGCGGUGAUCAAAAGUCGCCCGUUUCUUCAGAACAAAUUCUAUUACUUCAGGAAAACUCUGAGAAAAAGGUGAACGUUUUUCGAGAGAUUUGUGGAAAUAGGACUUUUUUGAUCUAUACGAUAGCGAUGAUGUAUUUGUGGAUUUGUGACACGUUCACCUAUUUCGGCCUUUCUUUGUACAGUACGGAGUUGUCCGGGAACAAAUGGGUCAACUAUUUGCUGAUGGGUUUAGUCGAAUUACCCGCCUACAUCUUCACGCCGAUGCUCAUCGAUAAAUUUGGUCGUCGUUCGAUCGUUGCAGGCAGUCAUUUUGUGGCCGGUCUUGCUUUCAUGAGUCUUUUAAUAUCUCCUGCAGAAGUCCUUCUCCCGAUUUGGUUAAUAGGCAAAUCGGCGAUCACCCUCUCGUUUAUGGCGCUUUUCGUGUACGCGAGUGAGGUUUUCCCAACCGAUAUCCGAAACGCAUCAGUCGGAAUGUGCGUUGUUGUGGCUCGUAUUGGUGGCAUUGCGGCUCCGCAGAUUAAAAAUAUGGCAUUGGUCUUCUCAAAGAUGCCUGAAGUAGUGCUAUCAACGGUUUGUUUAUUGGGCGGUUUGGCCACUCUUCUUCUCCCCGAAACAGCAAAUCGACCAUUGCCAGCAUCGAUAAAAGAGACAACCGAGAAGCAGCCACUUGCU